UGUAUUCGGCCAAUGACAGGCAAGAGAAACGCCCCCUCGCGACCAACUGGCGGGAAACAGACAGGAAAGCGUUCACUUUUGCCGCGAACGAAGCUCCAGAAGUUGGCGCUGCUAUUGUUCUUUAUACACGUAGUUAAGAAAGUCACAUCCUUUCUGCAACAUGUCUGGCUUUGACGAUCCGGGAAUUUACUACAGCGACAGCUUUGGAGGAGGAGGACAGGGCCCAGAUGACGGAGGACAUAAGAGGAUACAGAUCAAGAAAAGGUUCCGUGAAUUUCUUCGACAAUUCAGAGUUGGAACUGACCGCACCGGCUUCACAUACAAAUACAGAGAUGAGCUGAAGAGACACUACACGUUGGGGGAAUACUGGGUGGAGGUUGAAAUGGAGGACCUUGCCAGCUUUGACGAGGAUCUAUCCGACUGUCUUUACAAGCUUCCUACAGAAAACCUGCCGCUGCUGGAAGAGGCUGCAAAAGAGGUGGCUGAUGAAGUGACCCGCCCUCGGCCGGUUGGAGAGGAGACGGUGCAGGACAUCCAGGUCAUGCUGAAGAGUGACGCACAUCACGCUUCUAUCCGCAGCCUUAAGUCCGAGCAGGUGUCUCGUCUUGUGAAAGUACAUGGCAUCAUCAUCUCUGCGACGGGAGUGAAGGCGAAGGCCACCAAGGUGUGUCUGCAGUGUCGCGGCUGUCGCACCAUCAUCAGCAACAUCUCCCUGCCUCCAGGCCUGCAGGGCUACGCUCUACCACGCAAGUGCAACAAAGAUACUACUGGAACGGCCAAGUGCCCUGUGGACCCCUUCUUCAUCAUCCCGGACCGCUGCGUUUGUGUCGACUUCCAGACGCUCCGCCUACAAGAAUCUCCGGAUGCUGUACCACAUGGGGAGAUGCCCCGCCAUCUUCAGCUCUACUGUGACAGGUACCUUUGUGAUCGUGUGGUCCCGGGAAACCGAGUGACCAUCAUGGGUAUCUACUCCAUCAAGAAGAUGGCUGCAGCGAAGGCCAAAGGCAAAGAGAAGAGUGCCGGUGUGGGUAUUCGUGCCUCCUACCUGAGAGUGGUUGGCAUCCAGGUUGACACGGAAGGGGCAGGUCGAGGUGCCACCGGCUCAGUGUCUCCACAGGAAGAGGAGGAGCUGAGAUCAUUGGCUGCGUCUCCUGACAUCUAUACCUCUCUAGCUCGCUCUGUAGCUCCCUCCAUCUAUGGCAGUGAAGAUCUUAAAAAGGCUAUCACCUGUCUGCUGUUUGGAGGUUCAAGAAAGAGGCUGCCUGAUGGUCUCACUCGCAGAGGUGACAUCAACCUGCUCAUGCUUGGAGAUCCUGGUACGGCCAAAUCUCAGCUGCUCAAGUUUGUGGAGAGGUGCUCACCUAUUGGGGUUUACACCUCAGGAAAGGGCAGCAGUGCCGCUGGUUUGACUGCUUCUGUUUUGAGGGACCCGACCACGCGUGGGUUUAUCAUGGAGGGUGGCGCCAUGGUGCUGGCCGAUGGUGGUGUUGUCUGCAUUGAUGAGUUUGACAAGAUGCGAGAAGAUGACAGAGUGGCCAUCCAUGAGGCCAUGGAGCAGCAGACCAUCUCAAUCGCCAAGGCCGGCAUCACCACCACUCUGAACUCUCGCUGCUCUGUGCUGGCUGCUGCCAACUCUGUGUUUGGUCGCUGGGAUGAUACCAAGGGGGAGGACAACAUUGAUUUCAUGCCCACCAUCCUGUCAAGAUUUGACACCAUCUUCAUCAUCAAAGACCAGCAUGACCAGCAGAGGGACAUGACAUUGGCUCGCCACGUGAUGAACGUUCACCUGAGCGCUCAGACUCAGACAGAGGGUGUCGAGGGCGAGAUCCCACUGGCCACCUUUAAGAAAUACAUAGCCUUCUCCAGGGCUAAAUGUGGUCCACGUCUCUCUGCCGCGGCUGCCGAGAAGCUGAAAAACCGAUAUGUGCUGAUGAGGAGUGGUGCAAGGGAGCAUGAGAGAGAGACUGACAAAAGACCCUCCAUCCCCAUCACUGUCAGGCAACUUGAGGCUGUUGUGCGCAUAGCAGAGUCUCUGGCCAAGAUGAAGCUGCAGGCUGUGGCUGGAGAGGAGGAGGUGGACGAGGCCCUUAGACUGUUCCAGGUUUCCACGCUGGAUGCUGCACUGUCUGGCAGCCUUUCAGGAGUGGAGGGCUUCACCACUCAAGAAGACCAGGAAAUGAUCUCCCGCAUUGAGAAACAGCUAAAGAGACGCUUUGCUAUCGGUUCCCAGGUGUCUGAGCACAGCAUCAUCCAAGACUUCAGCAAACAGAAAUAUCCAGAACAUGCCAUCUACAAAGUCCUCCACCUGAUGUUGAGAAGGGGUGAGCUUCAGCACCGCAUGCAAAGAAAAGUGCUCUACAGAGUCAAGUAGACACAUGUUUGUGUGUUCCACCACAUAAACAUUGAUGUAAAUAAUUGUCUGCGUCCUUGGCAGUGAAUGCUGUUGUGUACAUGUACCCUUCAUGAUUGUUCUGGUGAAUUAUUGUCAACUAGACUUUAAAAUAAAAGGUCUGACGGUUGUCACCCAUGGAAAUGAUGCUUUUGUACCACCAUUAAGCAUGUCCUGUAAAGAACAUGAAUAAAAUGUUUGGCAGUUAUAAAGACAAA